GCUGUUUAAAAGCUCCUCACCACUCUCCUGUCUGCUGUGCAGCUCGCAGUCUCCCUUCAGCACAGCAGCCCCCAUUCACACAUUUUCUGAGAUAAUUUAGCCUUCGCUUGCUGCUUUCCAAUGUCGGCCGCCAGCACCGAGACGAGCGCCCCGCUGCCCACCGCCGGCAGCCGUGUCUUCUUCCAAGGUGCGCCCGGAGUUGGCUGCGUGGGCUCCGGCCCCAUCACCGGCUCGGACGACCCGGUCCAGAAGAAACAGGGCAAAGUGACGGUCAAGUAUGACAGGAAAGAGCUGCGGAAAAGACUCGUGCUGGAGGAGUGGAUCAUCGAGCAGCUCAGCGAGUUGUAUGACUGUGAGGAGGAGGAGAUGCCAGAGGUAGAGAUAGACAUAGAUGACCUGUUGGAGGUCAACAGUGAUGACGAAAGAGCCAGCAAACUGCAGGAAUCGUUAAUAGACUGCUACAAACCAACAGAGGACUUUGUCCGCGAGCUGCUGGGCAGGAUAAGGGGGAUGAGAAAACUCAGUGCGCCAACUAAGAAGGGCCUAUAAUGGCUGUGUGGUCAACCAUAAAUCAACCAUAAACUGCGUCAUCUCAGCUCCACCUACUUAACCCACUCAACAUGGACUGUCAUCACACAGAAUAACUUAUCUAAACAUAACGGCAUUAGUAACUAUUCUGCAACCUGCAAACAGGCACCAUAAACUCCAUGCAUAUAGCACUAGCCAUUCAUUUCACAAUCACGUAGAAUAACAAGGUGUAUUAUUAUAUUUGACUGUUGAAAGGUACGCAAGCAAAACAGAGCCAACAUGGUUAAAUAGCAUACAGCCACACUAAAAUGUCAAAGCCCUGGAGCGUGCAAGAACUGCAACUGUGCUUUAACAUGAACACCAUCUGAUUUCACAUUUCAGAGCCAUGUUACGAGCCGAUGCUGUAAUCCCAAACAGCCAUACAGACUAAAACACCAACAAGAAGGGAGGUGAUAAAUAAAAAUAAAAAAAAUGUUUGUACUGCAGUAGGUGUGAAAUUAGCUGUAGCACUAUGUAAACACAGUGCUUCAUGAUUUUGUCCUUUUUUUACUGAGGUGCUGUUACUUCUUUUAAAAAAAAUGUACUGUAUGUUGCCAUUUAUUGUUCAUGUGAUUGAAAUGUGGUCUUCUUUGUCCUACUUUCAAGUCACCCUGCUUGUCCUUACUUUGUCGCUGCAAACGUAAGGGAGCUCUGUAGUUUUAUUUUAAGCACAAGGCGUUAAUACAUCAACUCUGUCCUUUUGUGAUGUGUAAACUCUGGAAAGAGUGGGGGCAUUUUAGCAAGCGAGGCUAAAAUAGCGUGAAGAUUUUUUUCUUUUUGCCCACUCUGCCAGUAUACUUUUCACCACAGCGAGGCAUGAUGGGUGUUGCAGUUCUCUACAUGAGGCUACAAAACCUGUAUGAUUGGCAGCCUUUCACUUACAAUGUUACAUGCUGUUGUCCAUUGCUCUCCCUCAUCAGGAUACAUAUCAGUUGGUCAUUUAGGUUCAAGCACAAAGCCCAAACAUUGUUUCUCAAACUCUGGUUCACUUAACUCUGCUAAUAAUGGUUGAUGUUGCCUUGAAGGACAUUCAGGAUCAGUUUUUUCUCAGCACUGAACCUUAACUACUGAAAAAAGGCAAAUACGGCUGAGUCAGAACCUGAGGACAACUUGAAACUUUUAAACCUGUCAAGUCCUGUAAAGGAGGGUGUGCCAAAACUGGGAGUAUUACAUCUUAAAUGUCAUGGAGGCAUUAGUGUGACACAGCAUUUCCACAGAAAUCGUUUGUUUAGUUUGUGAAACAUCUUCGGGUGGGCGCAGAUUUUUUUAAGGUGUUAAAAAACUUUUCCAGGUUGCACAAAAUCUGUUGUAAUCCCCGGGUUAAGAGGUGGAUUUAGUUAUUUAUUGAUGUUAAUGUGCACCAACACACUCAAAAACCUGUAAGCUUUGGUACAAUCAUGACUCUAAUGGGGUUGGGCCCAGUUUCACUUCCGAGCAGUCAAUCGAGUACCGACUGGAAUGGAGCAGACCUAAAUCUGCGUAUGUGACACAUACCCUCAGCUGCCAAAGACAAAAGCAGGGCAAUGUUUGAUUUUAACAUAACACUUGCAAAGCACCCGUCUUGCAUGCUAACAACAGAAAGAAAAAAACACUGAUAAAAGAGUAUAGAUAUUAUGAACUUAUAAUCAAGCAAAAAAUACUUUUUGACUUAGCUACCAUGUCAGACUUUGUAGAACUUUUUGUGUUGAAACAACGUGACGGUCACGUUGGAGAGAAUCCAGGAAAAUUUUAAAAAUGGUGCUGUUUUUGAUGUUCUUCCCAGGUUUUGGUUGUUUAAAAAACACAUUUUCACUGUCGAUUGAUGCCAGAGAAAUGUGUCCAGAUGAGAUGUGUCUGUCUAUAUUGAUGGGGUGCAUACAGUCUAAAGAGGCGUCCUCUUUGCAUUUCCUUUUACUUAAUCUGGACUGGGCUGGAUUUGUGUCACCACACUCAAUGGUUUAUUGGUUUGACAAAGAUCAUGUGUUUUUUCUGGAUCACUGAAUUGGAAGGAAAAGUAGAGGAGGAAGCCAUUAUAGGAAAUGCAUCCAGGAUUUAUGUCAAGGUACUCCAUAGGAUUUUCUCUGUCAAGAAACAGUUCAGGGGCAAUAGGCUGAUAUUUUAUAAUUUAUGGGAUUUCAUGUGGAGAGUAUUUUGAAAGCGUCCAUACUAGAAAGCUUUACGUUUGCAUGUAUUUUUAAAGUCGCAUGUUGAGGGGAACAUUUUGUUGGCCCAAGGGUUUUUAUUUCAUAAAAUAUAACACUUUCCUUUUUAUACCUUUAUUAUUAUUAUUAUUAUUA